UCUCGAAAGGAUCUUAACCUUUUUCGCGCUAUUCUUUUAUUGUGAUUAAAUGUACGCAUGUAUAAUUAAUAUUGGGAGUACCAUAUAAAGUACCGCGGGAUCAUAAUUAACCAUCUUUUCUGUGAACAAGUAUUGUGUGAGAGUGAAAGAGCAGUGAUGAAGGAAAUUAGGUGGAGGAUCUGCGCACCGCACGGUACGUUCACGUAGUUGCAGCGCGGCAUAAAAUCAUAAUCCAAUUUGUCCGAGAAGACCGCGAUGGAUGCGGGUAGGUCAAUGAAGUCGUCGCACCUCCGGCCGGACCGAACGUUUAAUCAUCAUAAAUUUUGCGAGAAACCGCAAACCGGCUUCUCCCCGCAGUGCGAAGGAACGGAUGCGAUACGCGCCACCUCGCAGCCACCUGCGAGGAUCUCUCUCGAGACUUGCGUGAACUUUCAGGACGAGACCACCAACACCAGCAACCGUCAGGACGCGUCCGUGAAACGGGGUGGUUUCAACCGUUAUUGCGCCCCACCGACAAAAAUUAUAUUUGGAUUACAAGCAUUAUCGCCCCGAACUAAACUUGACUUUUAUGACAGCGGAAUCGUUUCGGGGGUUUGCACUCUGCCGAUUUGCUAUUCAUUCAAUCGGAAAUUAGGCCAAUAAUUGUCACAGAUUUUCGUAAACGAUAUUAUAUUUUGAUCUUUCCUA